AUGGUCACCCCUACAGGUUUUGAUGACUACAGUCUUUACAGUGUCCUGUCAGAUGAGGAGCUGAUGAAGCUGGCCAUCGAUCGCAGCCUCAUUGAGGACAACGACUCUAUUGGGUCAAUUCAAUCAUCACAAUCUGUGGAUCGACAAACCAAUUACCAGCCAAACCAAUUUACGACCCGUGUCAGGCUCCCCUCUGCAACAAGGCACAUGUAUGACUUUCCCCGAGCCAAUCCAAACCCAGCCAACCCACAUCCAAACCCAUCACCUGCAAACCCUCCAUCAGCAGACCCUAUUAUAGAUGCAAGACCUCUGGUGAGUGUGAUCAAGAAUGGGGAUUUAAAGGCUCUGAAAGAGAUAGUGAAAUGCAACCCAAUGAGUCUCUUGGUACCAAAUGAGGGAGGAUGGAUUUCUCUCCACGAAGCUGCACAUUACGGUCAAAUAGAAUGCCUCAAGAUUAUAUUAAGAGCCCAUCCUGGUAUGGUGAACACAUGUGGUAGUUACAAUCAGACCCCACUUCUUUUGGCUGCCGCCUUUCACCAAGUGAACUGUGUGGAGUGCCUUCUGGACAGAGGUGCCAAUCCAGACAUUGCCAAUGAGAAUGGAGAAACACCACUCUUCAAAGCUUGCGAGAAGCCCAAUGUGGAGAUUGUAGACCACCUCCUGAAGUAUGGAGCCUCAGUACACAAGGCUUGUGUUCAGGGUGUGACACCUCUCCAUGAAGCAGCCGGGCAUGCUAACGUGGAAAUUUGCCAGAUGUUGUUGGAGGCCGGGGCCAAGCUUAAUGCAGUCAAUAAUUACAGCAUGGAACCUUUCUAUAUGGCAACACAGAAUGGAGGAGUGGACGUGUUGCACUUCUUGAUUAAUAAAGGUGCUGAUAUAAACUGCCAGGCAAGGAAGGGUGAAACACCUCUGUAUGAGGCAAGUAAGAAUGGUUACAAGGAAGUUGUGGAACUGCUUCUAUCUCAUAAAGCAGAUGCUAACCGAGCAACGAAGUCUGGCCUCCUGCCUCUUCAUAUUGCUGUCCAGAAAGGUCAUUUUGACAUUGUGUCCAUGCUGAUCCCUGCCACCAGCAAGGUCAAAGUUCAAUGCAGUGGCAUCAGUCCCCUCCACCUGGCUGCCGAGCACAACCGGGACUGGAUCCUGGAGAUCCUUAUCGAGGCAGGCUAUGACGUCAAUUUCCAGCUCGCAGAAGACCGAUCCGAAAUGUAUGAGGACCAUCGCAGCACAGCACUCUACUUUGCAGUCUCCAACAGCAACCUAGAGGCGGCUGAAAUGCUUCUGGAUGCAGGGGCUAACCCCAACCUUGAUAUGUUAAACCCUCUUCUUGUCGCUGUGAGGCAGGGUUACAUGGAAAUGAUCACCACUCUGGUGGAGCAUGGAGCUAACAUGAAUGCGUCCAUCCCCACACACCCCUGCUCCUUCCCGGCAGUGGUCAUGCUCGGUAUGAAGUAUCUGCACAUCCUGAACUAUCUGAAGUAUCUGAUGUCCAAUGGCUGUGAUGCCCUUUCCUGUUUUGAUUGCACAUAUGGCAGCAAGCCACACCCACCCCUGAAAAUUUCAAGAAGGGUCAGCAUCUUUGGCGAAACUUUGCGCUACGUUAUUGAUGAGGACGAAGAUCGAAGCAACACCUGUGUCCAGUUCUGUGAGGCAAUCUCCGAUCCGACAAUUAGCCACUGGGCAGGACCCAUCAUAGAUGUGCUCCUGGAUUACGUUGGCCAUGUGAAACUCUGCUCCCGGCUGAUUGAGAACCUGGAUAGCUACAGUGACUGGACAGGGAUUAAGUUGAAAGCAAUGCCACCACAUUCACUGAUGCAGUUGUGCAGACUGAAGAUCCAUCAGCAGGUUGGAAUCCCCAGACUGAGGCACAUCGACACGCUGCCGCUCCCACCAAGACUAAUCAAGUUCCUCAACUAUGAAAAGGUAAAUUUCCAGGAUGCCUAG